AUGACUUCCAUGGGAAAGGUGUUCGCCGGCUACCACCAACGGCAGGCUGUGCUCGCGCAGAGCACCAGCCCUUAUGCCAGAGGCAUCGCCUGGGUGGAAGGAAGUCUGGUUCCAAUCGCCGAAGCCCGCAUCCCUCUGCAAGAUCAGGGCUUUCUGAGGAGCGAUCUUACCUACGAUGUGCCCUCGGUUUGGGACGGUCGCUUCUUUCGUCUCGAGGACCACCUUGAUCGACUCGACGCCAGCUGUAGCAAGCUGAGAUUGAAGCUGCCUCUUUCUCGUGACCAGAUCAGGAAGACUCUCAUUGAUAUGGUGGUCAAAACGGGUAUCGAAGACGCAUUUGUCGAACUCAUCGUCACUCGCGGUCUUCAGAGCGUCAUGUUCGCACGCGCUGAAGAAGUUGCCAAGGACAAUAGGCUCUAUAUGCUGGUCCUUCCAUUCAUAUGGGUCAUGCCGCCCUCGAUCCAACCUCAUGGUGGCAACGCCAUCAUCGCGCGGACGGUCCGAAGAGUGCCUCCAGGGGCUAUAGACCCGCGCGUCAAGAACUUGCAAUGGGGUGAUUUCACUAGGGGCAUGCUCGAGGCAUCCGACCGCGGCGCAACAUACCCCUUUCUCACGGAUGGAGAUGGCAACUUGACUGAGGGGUCAGGCUUCAACAUAAUCUUGAUCAAAGACGGGACGCUGUACACACCCGACCGCGGGGUUCUCGAAGGCGUCACGCGCAAAAGCGUCAUUGAUGUAGCACGAGCCAAUAAUAUCCCUGUUCGCGUUGAGGUCGUCCCGGUUGAGAUGGCGUACCGGGCGGAUGAGGUACUAAUGUGUACCACAGCGGGAGGCAUUAUGCCGAUAACGAGUUUGGAUGGGAAGCCCGUAAAUAAUGGGCGGGUUGGCUCUAUGACAAAGAAGAUAUGGGAUGGAUACUGGGCCAUGCACUAUGACGCAGCCUACAGUUUUGAGGUAGAGUAUGGCAAAGAGCGACAAUUACUGGCCAAACUUUCUUGA